CCUCACACACACACACACACUCACAUUCACACACACUCACACACACUCACCUCCUCCAGCCCCACCGACCCCACCAUGGCCACCUCCACCCUGUCCCCCUGCUCCAGCGACCUGAGCUACGGCAGCCACGUCUGCCUGCCCGGUUCCUCUCACCCCUGCACCAGCUCCUCCUGGCAGUGGGACGACUGUCCAGAGAGCUGCUGCGAGCCCCCCUGCUGCGCCCCCAGCGGCUGCACCCCCGCGCCCCGCCUGGCCCUCGUCUGCACCCCAGCGAGCUGUGAGCCCAGCCCCUGCCUGUCAGGCUGCACCAGCUCCUGCACCUCCUCCCCCUGCCAGCCGGCCUGCUGUGUGCCCGUCUGCUGCAGGCCUGUCUGCUGCAGGCCCGUCUGCUGCACUCCUGUCUGUUGCACACCCGUGUGCUGCACACCUGUGUGCUGUGAGGCCUCCCCCUGCUCAGACUCCUGCUGCCAGCAGUCGAGCUGCCAGUCGUCCUGCUGCACCUCCUCCCCCUGCCAGCAGGCCUGCUGUGUGCCCAUCUGCUGCAGGCCUGUCUGCUGCAGGCCCGUCAGUUGCACUCCUGUCUGUUGCACACCCGUGUGCUGCACGCCCGUGUGCUGUGAGGCCUCCCCCUGCUCGGCCUCCUCAUGCUGCCAGCCCUGCCCCUGCCCCUCGUCCUGCUGCAGACCCUCGUCCUCCGUGUCCCUCCUCUGCCGGCCCGUGUGCCGCCCCACCUGCUGCGUGCCCGUCUCCUCCUGUGGGGCCCCCGCCUCCUGCUGCCAGCCCAGCUGCUGCCGCCCGGCCUCCUGCGUGUCCCUGCUCUGCCGCCCCGCGUGCUCCCGCCCCGCCUGCUGCGUGCCCGCCUCGGCCUGCGAGUCCUGCUGCUGACCGGGCCCGUCCCCCCAGGGCCGCCGUCUCCAGGGAUCCUCCAUCAGACCCUUGAAGCCCCUGACCACCUGGCUUCUCGCUGAUCCCACCCAGGUCUCACUCAGCAUAGAUGAAAGACCGGCUUCCCUCCCCAGGCCAGACCAGGGGCCUGACCUGCUCACUGAGCUCCUCUCCUGACCUUGGCCUGCAGGUGCCCUGGCUGCUCCACAGCUGCUUCCUCACUCCCCGCCAUGGCCUCCCUGGUCACCGUGGGCCCUCCUGACCCUGGUCCUGCACAAAGCAGUGUCACUGUCCACCUCUGAGCACCAAUAAAAGCUCUGCUCCCCUCA